UGGAUUCACACGCUCUAAAUAUAGCUGCCUUAAAGUCCAACAGGACUGCAGGGGAGAUUUGAAAGUACGGAGAAGAAACACAGAGGCUUAAGUUUGUUUGUUGUUUUUUUUUAAGUAAACAACAACGUGCUGAUGUUUCAUUUUUUGGCUUUUGUGUAGUGGAGCAGUGCUGAGUUGAUGGACUGGUUUGUCAUGAAGGAUUAAUCAGGACUCAAGAGGCAUUUUGUUAGUAACGUAACGUUAAUAAGCACAGUUAUUUCUCUGCAGUUUUACAUCCAGGAAAGCUCAGUAUUUUGUGCAGCAGCUGGCCAAAAGGUGCUCCAGCAGAAAUGAUAUGCCACUUGACUCUUGGAGUUGUCUUCAGUCUUCUUGUGUGUCAGUGUCACGGCGCAUGUUCGGAGGUGGACUCUCUGACCGAAGCCGUGGCAGGAGAAGGCUUCCUGCUGGGCUGCAUCUCCUGUAAAAGAAGGGAGGAGGUCUCUGCUCGAGCCACCGUGGACUGGCACUUCAGACCGCCAGGAGAGGAGGAGUUCAGGCAUAUUUUCCACUACGACCACCCCAUUGCUGACGUCCUCCAUGAAGACUUCAGCGACCGUCUGGACUGGCACGGCACACAAGACAGCGAUGUGUCGACAGGAACCAUUUACAUCCAUAAUGUGACCUUCAAUGACACGGGGACAUAUCGCUGCACGAUCCACCGCACCCUCAUCCUGUCGCAGUAUGAUGAGCAUGUCACUGUGGAGAAGGAGGUGGAGCUCAGCGUGGUGGCUGUAGCCAAUCAGGAGUUGACAGCAGUGAUUUCAGAGAUAAUGAUGUACGUGCUCAUCGUGGUUCUGCAGCUGUGGCUCAUUGUGACUCUGGUCUACUGUUACAAGAAGAUUUCUAAGGAGCAAGAAGCUCGCGAGGCCCGUAAAGCUCUCAAGGCCCAGGCAGAGCUGUUAGAAUCAAAAGACAGCUGUGACGGGGUGCAGCUGGAGUGACAUCACGGUUGAGUUCAUCUUUCACCAAUAAACACGUUUACGGCAUCUCAUUUAGGAACAUGUGAUAAUAGGACACAUAUGAACGCAUGUAAUUUCUGGGAUUUUUUUUGUUUUUCCUUUUGUGUCCAGCAGGUAAAAUCAUCUCUGCGAGAGUCAAGAUGUGUUAUUGUACCAAGACUCUGCUGUCAAAGACUCAUUUACUGUAUGAGAGGUUGAUUUUUAACGCCUCACUCAUAUAUAAAAUGUAUAUGGUUAACUGCAAAUGGAAGCUGAUGGCAGGUUGGAUGCCUUAAGACGCCUUAAGUCUGUGGGACGACUGAAGGCUUUGACGUUUGUAAAUUGAGCUCUCAGUGUGGGGAACUCAAUGAAUUUUUGUAUUGUUGUUGAAUUUGACAUCCAGACAUUCAAGCAAAAGUUGUUGCUGUUUCUACAGGACAAAAACAAUUCAUUAGUUAUCCAAAUGGCUGCUGCUGUUUUUUUUUUUGUUUAGUUUGUUUUUUUUAAAUCACUGACUUAUUUAAUCAGCCUGCUGAUUUCAGCCAGUCUGGUGGCUGAUGUGUGUACUGCACAAACCUCUAGAGCAACUAAUAUCCUCUUUUACAUCCGUUUUUGACCACACCACAAAUAUAUAUAUAAUGAUUUUACUGUUUGAAAAUUACACGUAGCAAACUUGGCCUCUAUAUUGAAUUAUGGCCAGCGUCAUAUCUUAAUCACACCAAAAAGAGAGUUUUUCAGUUUCAUUAAACCUCUCGGUAUCCGAGAAGUCUAUAAAUGAACUAAGACAAAGUCAGACUUAAAAACAGUUACUAAUGAUUUUGUCAGCGUUAAUUUUGACAACGAGCCAAUUAAUAAACAUGUUUGGAGGAAAUACAGCAUUGAUCUUCCGAACAAACUUUGUUCCCUGCUUGCCAAUCCCACUACACUACUACUACUACUGC